AUGCCCUCGCAUCCCGUUCAAACCUCUCAGUGCAUCCCCUCGCUAGGUGCAAACACAGCAUUGAGUACCUUCAAGGAGACCUCCUCGUGCCUGCGUCUUAACGUCAGUCUGCCGCGUCGAUCGUCCAGUGACACCAACUCUGACAUCAAUCUCAGUGGUGGAGGUAAUGUUGGUAGUGCAGACAGCCGCAAUGGAAGCAUGUCCGCGCGUCUGCGUCCAGCAAUGAGUGACCAUCGACUCAUGGAUGCCCACCAGGAUGCUGAAGGUGUUCGGUGGCAUAGCUAUAGUGGAGCACCGCCACGCAGUCUCUUCGACGAGGAGGUCAAACAUUCAUCUCCGAGCGGCUUGAAGACCGGCCAUCAAGUUGAUUCAUCCCGAAAUAUUUCAGGAGAGGAAGGUGUAGGCUUGCUGACGAGUAUGGAGAAGGCCUCCAAGUCGGUUUGCAUUCUAGCACCAGAUGGUAGUUGUAUUUUCUUCUGGUCGUGGGUGGUCUGUGUAGCAUGCCUCUACAACAUGUGGAUCAUCCCCUUCCGUUUUGCAUUUGCUGAAGUCACAAGUGCGACCGCCUCUGUAUGGUUCACACUGGAUUACACUGCAGACGGUCUCUAUCUCCUCGACCUUCUACUGGGAUUUCGUAUAGCCUACCUGGAGAAUGGAAUCCUUCAAAAGGACCCCCGCAAAUCCAGACAGCACUACCUUAACUCAAUGCGCUUUUAUCUCAACUGUCUGUGUAUUUUGCCCCUGGACCUACUAUACAUUUCGGUGGGCGUUGUGUCGCUUCUGCGCAUUUUGCGAUUUGUUAAAAUCUACAAGCUCUUUGAAAGCAUUGACAUGGCUCAACGACGCACUGUCCAUCCAAAUUUCUUCCGCACUUUUGGGUGGAUCAUAAUUACCCUAACCGGACUGCACUGGAAUGCGUGUUUCUACCAGUGUGCAAUGCGAUCUCUCGGCUUCCACUACAACUCAACGGGUGAUGUCUUAGAGACCUACGUGCACUCCGUCUAUGACAGUUUGCUCUGUCUAACCCUUCAAAAAGAACCCCAACUCAAAGAAACAACAAACGCAUGGCAACUCUACGCUUUACUUAUAUUUGAAGGACUGACUGGAAUCGCCAUCAUCACGAGCUUGAUUGCGAAUGUGAAUAUGCUAGUUGCUAAUGCUCGUGUCAAUGAGAAUGAAUUUCGACGUCAAUUGGCAGAAGUUCGGAUGUAUUUAGUCAGACGCAAGGCACCGGAGACAUUGAAACGGCGUGUAGUGUGCUGGUUUGACUACCUCUGGCGUCAGAGCCACAUUCCCGACGAACAGAGGGUGUUCAAGCACUUACCCGAUCGCUUAAAGGCUGAAGUGGCUAUUCAUGUACACUUGGACAUGCUUAAACGCGUGGACAUGUUCCAGGACACCGAGGAGGGCUUUCUCCUCGACCUAGUUCUUCGCCUUCGUCCUGCGCUCUUCUCGCCCGGGGAUUUUAUCUGCCGAAAAGGUGAAAUUGGGCGGGAGAUGUUCUUUGUGAGCCAAGGCAAAUUGGAUGUCCUCGCCGCCGACGAGGCUACCAUUCUAGCCACUCUCGGUCCUGGCAGUUACUUUGGUGAGAUUUCCAUCCUCAACAUGGGUAACGUGGGCAACCGACGCACCGCGUCUGUGCGCUCCAUCGGUUACUCCGAUCUCUUCUGCCUCUCGAAGGAGGACCUGUGGAAUGUGUUAAAUGACUAUCCAUCGGCCAAACGAAAACUGGAGAAGGUCGCUUUUGAUCGACUCAGCUCCCGCAGAAGUCCAAUUCAGUCUGGUGAAAAUUGUGAUGGUGAAGUGGAGUUACACAGACGUCCACAACGAAGUGUCUCAUCGGCGUCGUCUGUUUCUCGGCGAUCGCCUUUUCCUUUGACUCUGCCACUUCAAUUACCACCACCGCUUCCGCCAUCCAGUCGAUUAGGUCUAAAACGACGUCGAUCUGCACUUUCUAUGAACUCGUCAUACCUACCGUGUAACAGUCACGCUGUCUGUGAUCGUCACACAUCUUUGGAUCGAAGCUGUUCUACAAGAACUGCUCCAAUUCUCCACCGUCAAUUCUCCCUUCAAUGCAACUACGGUGAGACUGUGGAACCAGUUACACAGACUCAACGUCGAACCAUCACCUCAGCAGUUCUUCGUUCAAUACACAAUCCGGGUGAAGAAGUUCCAACCACGUCAAUCUUCCUUCCAACCGAGGCCACAAACAAUCCUAUUCCACAGAUUCGUUUUGAAAGGGCUGCCACACCAGUGGGACGGCCAAAUCUUGAGUCUGACCUGAAACAGCUCCCAGUGGAGUUCAGCAUCCCCGAGGACAUUCAAGGGGAGGAGCAGAGUCAGACUCGGUUGCAGUUGCCUGAAGCAACCAAUCACCUCUUCAAUGCCUCCACGUCCACCUCCGCUUCGGGCUCCGGCUGCGGCUCCACUUCGGCAUCACCCUCUUUGGCGCACUCCGCUCAGCUGAACCUGCUUCUCGAGCUCCAGCAACGUGUAGCUUCACUUGAAUCGGAAAAUCGAGUGCUCUCGAUGUGUCUGCGGCAGGCCGUGGGACCGUCUGAAGCGAGUGACCGACCGACCGUAUGA